AAGUCCUCCUCCCUUCCAGUACACAGGACACGAGAGACCCGACUCCUGCGGACCAUCAUGGCUCAGUUCACAACGGCUCUCUUAAUCCUUCUUGGAACCCUGGUCCAGCGGAGCCACCAAGGGUUCCUGAGUGGAGGCAUCGAUCGAGGCAACAACAAUGGCAAUCAGAUUGCAGGCCAGGGUGCGCCUCCCCACAGCUUGAUGGACGCUCUCCAGGAAAGCGGCGGAUUCCGAGUGUCCGGCCCUUACCAGGUUUCGGCGACACCGUUCCAGAUGCCUACGGGCUCUUUUCCGGGACCUACGCCUUUCCAGGGUGGCCAGGGAGGGUUUAACGGAAACAGAAACCAGGAAGGAAACAAUGGAAAGUUCGGAGACUCAGGAGGUGGUUUCCACGGAAAUGGAAACUACCCCAGGAACGCUGACAGCUUCCAGGGCCCGCGUAGUUUUCAGGGGCUGGGGAACUUCCAGAGCCCCGGAAACUUCCAGGGCUCCGGAAACUUCCAGGGCUCCGGAAACUUUCAAAGCGCCGGAAACUUUCAAGGGCCAACUGGCUUCCAAGGACACUCUAACUUCCAUGGACAGUCCAGCUUCCAGGGACACUCUAACUUCCCGGGACAGUCCAGCUUCCAGGGACACUCUAACUUUCCGGGACAGUCCAACUUACAGUCCAACUUCCAGGGGCAAUCUAGGCAGUCUAGCUUUCAGGGACAGUCUAACUUCCAGGGACAAGGCAACUUCCAACCACAAGGUGGAGUUGGCGGUCCCCAGGGCAGCUUUACCGGUGCUCAGCGAGGCUUUCAGGGCGGACUCGGUGGACCCUUGGGACUCCGCAGCCAGUUAGGUCCUUCUCCUCCUCCGCGCAUUCCCGAGGCCCCACAUGUGUCAAUUCAGCCGGCGAGUGUGAAAGUGGUGUACGUGCCUGUGGUCUCUACAAGCAUCAAGGCUUCUAGCCUCAGCAAACUAACUGGCGAAAGUGCUCAUGGGAAGGACGGCGCCAGCUCCUACUUCACAGGCAGCGGCGGACAGUCGGGACUGUCUCAGCAAGAGGUCACCAAGCCAUCGUCGUAUGCCACCGGUACUGGGUCCUACGGAGCCAAAUCAGUGGGAACGGGCAAGCCCCAUGGUCACACGAAUGGCGGCCACGCCACGAUACCAAUUAUAAUCAUUCAAAAGGAGCACCACCAUGGCGCGAAGAGCGUGCAGCCAGGUUCCUUCCAGACACAGACAUCGCAGGGCUCUCAGAGCCAGCAGGGCUCCCAGAGCCAGCAGGGCUUGACGUCAAACGGAGACUUUCCCAAGCCGAGUUAUGGCCUAAGCAACAGGGCGCCUACAGAGACACAACAACAUCAGCCACGAAUUCACCAGGAGCACCACCAGCGCCAGCAAACUCACCACCGCCAAGAGCAUCAAAACCACCACCAGCAACAGCAACAGCAUCAGCAAGCGACUCCGCAACAACAUCAGCAACAGGUGGCUCAGCGCCCAGCCGACCACAGCCACGACUCGGCACCUCGCAACACUCAUGGAGGGGCGGGAGCGGUGAUCCCGGUCAUCAUAAUCCAGAAGACACUACAUAAUACCGGUCGGCAGCAGCACUCGCAUCAUCAGCAUCAAUCCGGAGGUUACAACGUGCCCGCAGCGCCACCGCCGGUGCGCGGGCCCACGGCCUGGAGUCCGUGGAGGUAGGCGGAGCCUUUCGAGCAGCAGCGUCGGUUUACACACUCUUCAUUCACCCUUAUCCUCCACCACAAUGCGAACCAUUAAAGACAUGAACGCGCCCCACCCUUUCCUUCUUUUUUUAUAUUUUUUAAGGACGCCAAAGAGAUAGAAUGAAAGCGUGGGCUGCUAGGUUGUCUGUGACAAAACCUUAUCGGCAAUUAUUUUAUGGAAAAAUGGUUCCAAUUAACACCAGAGAAAAACAAACAUUUCGAAUUUCUCUCGCGAAACCACGCUGUUCCUGCGUGACUGCGAUGUCUUUCGCAUAUUUGUGUCCUUACUGUGCAGGAACUAUUGAGUUGAGCUUUUGUUCAGUUUUUUUUCUUUCUUUUCAUCAUCGGGAAGCUAUCAUAUAUAGAUACGAACAAAUCCUACCGAAACCUGUUACGGCGUGGGACGCUCCAGCGAGAAUUUUGAGAUGGUGUCGUCACGCGUAUUUUGAUUUAGCUUCCUCUCUGGCGUGCCAAACCGAUGCUCGAAAAAAGGUUAACCAAUUUGCAAUUGCAGAAAUCACUCAACCAAGUUAGCAUAAUUUCUCUGCAACGUUCCUUUAAAUGCGUAUGCAAACAAUAUCCCCUUCAGUCACGGUGUACGUAUUUGCCUACAUGGAGGAUGAAUAACCUACGAGGCAGCGUCAUGCGACAAAACUGAAAACGGAAGAAGUCGGCCCAGCAUAUCAUCAUGUUGCGGUAGGUUUUAGCCUCUUCACCCACGGCACUCAGCGCAUGCUCUUUCCAAAAAAACAACGAGUGCGACAGCAACGUGCAGCCGCUUCACUAGCACGUUGCAAAGGAGGAUAAUAAAUAUAUACUUUGUAAUAAACGAACGAGUUACACAAGCAUAUCGCAACAAGUGCGCACAGAUUAAAACCUACCGUGUACCAAGCACACUGGCCCGAAUCUGCCAAGUGCAGAGUCACGUGUUGUUCCAACUUUUGGAGCAUGGAGGGAAAGAAAGAAAUCCUUGUUUUGGAGGCAUGGGAAAGAA